AUGCAAAUUUUUGUUAAAACUUUAACUGGUAAGACCAUCACAUUGGAGGUCGAAUCCUCUGACACCAUUGACAAUGUCAAGUCCAAGAUCCAAGAUAAGGAAGGUAUUCCACCAGAUCAACAAAGAUUGAUUUUCGCCGGUAAACAAUUGGAAGAUGGUAGAACUUUGUCUGACUACAACAUCCAAAAGGAAUCCACUUUGCACUUGGUCCUCAGAUUGAGAGGUGGUGCUUCUACUAUCGAUCCAACUUUGAAGGUUUUGGCUCAAAAAUACAAAUGUGAAAAGUCUAUUUGCAGAAAGUGUUACGCUAGAUUGCCACCAAGAGCUACCAACUGCAGAAAGAGAAAGUGUGGUCACACUAACCAAUUGAGACCAAAGAAGAAGGGUAAGAACUAG